AUGGCUGUGUGCAGCAACCGCGAGCCCGCCCCAGCAGCAGUUCCUCAUCAGCAGCAGACGGAGUUGCUGCUGCAGCAGCAGCACUCUGCCGCAGCGGCUGCCUCUGCAGCAGCAGCAGCAGCAGCAGCGCAGCAGCAGCAGCAGCAGCAGCAACCGAGUGGUUUUGCUGCUCUGGGUUCUGGCUGCAGCACACUAAAAGGGAGAAACAGCAGCCUAUUUCCAGCUGUCUCCUCUUCUUAUUUGGGCGGCAGCCGCAGCAUCAACUCCGCCAUUAACCCUGAAGAUACACCGCAGCAGCAGCAGCAGCAGCAGCAGCAGCAGCAGCAGCAGCAGCAGCAGGAGUAG